AUGUUCACCCAGCCUGCACCCCCGUCGCCGGGCCUCUUCCCGCCUCUCACUCCUUCGACAUCCUCACCCGCUACAACUACAACGUCAUCUGCCAGAGGGAGCCGACUGCGAGGCCUGAUCCAUCUUCGCAGCUACCACACCUCGUCACGCGACCCCAACUCGAACAACUCGAACCACAACAAUCGCGACUCCCCGACCUCGCGAUCUGCACCCGUACCCUCACCUCUCGUCCGAGGAGCUUCGGCCCCUUCCACCAUCGUCGCCAGACUGAAUUCCACGGCGACACCCGUACCUUCAAAUGCCGCCGCGCCUCAACGACCGGAACUAUCUUCUAUAGCAACAGUUGAGCCAUCUAGCAGUUCGGGCCUUGUCACCAUUCGCCGCCGGACUACCAAGUACUCGGAAGCCGCCGCUGAGGCUCUGUUACAUUCCAGGUCGGGAUCAGACCCCAGCGCCGAAGUCACCGAGACGGAGAGACCCACCGAGCCAGCCAUGACGCGAACGCGAUCAGCCACGACGGGCGACCUGUCCCCGGACUCGCUGCCUGCCAUACGCUUCUCAGCCUUCUACGAUCCACGGUCGACCCGGCCCUCGCUGUCCUUCAGCCCGAUCGCACGCACGCUACCUACAGGCAAGGAGACCAUCAAGGUUGGUCGCUACUCCGAGCGCGAGAACCAUGCCCCCGUGCCCACCAACACGCCGUCUGCGGCUCCGGUAGGCUUUAAGAGCAAGGUCGUCAGCCGUCGGCAUUGCGAGUUCUGGUGCGAGAAGGGCAAGUGGUAUAUCAAAGAUGUCAAGAGUUCCUCGGGCACAUUUCUCAACCAUAUCCGAUUGAGCGCGCCCACCACCGAGUCGAAACCGUACCCUAUUAACGACGGCGAUAUCGUGCAACUAGGAAUCGACUUCAAGGGUGGCGAAGAGAUGAUCUAUCGAUGCGUAAAGAUGCGCAUUGAGCUGAACCGGGGCUGGCAGACGAAGCCGAACACCUUCAAUAUGACAACCCACAAACGCUUGCGGGAUCUGACGUCGGCAUCCUCUUCAGCACACGCGCAAGACUGUUCUAUCUGUUUAAAUGCGAUUGCACCUUGUCAAUCCCUGUUUGUGGCACCAUGCUCCCAUACUUGGCAUUUCAAGUGUAUCCGCGAGAUGUUACACGGCCCUUCAUGGCCUAUAUUCAUGUGUCCAAACUGUCGAGCUACUGCGGAUCUUGACGCUGAAGUCGACGAGCCUUCCGAUGACUGGCAGCAGCUGGACUCGGGUGUGGACGAUAUUCAGGAGGACAAGUCCGAAGAGGCGGUCACCCAAGCCACCAAAGGCCCUGCGUCACCAGUGUCACAGCUUAAUGGGGAUGGAGAACCGCAAUCACCAGUCCCCUGCGAUAUGGGCGACAUGACCGUUCAAAUGGACCACGGAACGAUGGCGGCGUCGCCGGGUCCAUUGAGACAUGCCGCGACCGAACCCGUCCCUAUACCGAAUGCGACACCGCGUGCGAGCACUAGUGAGAGGCGAACACCGUCGCCGAGUAUUGACCCUCUCGUGAACAGCAGAGAAGGGCCGAUCACGCCGCGGAACGACGCGGGCCCGUGGGUGUUUGAUGGAAAUCCCGCGCGGGUGAGCCACGAGAGCACGAGGAGGAAUGGGAUGAGUAGCUUGGACGCGGCAGCGCAAGCAGGAGCCAAACUAGCAUAG